UGUCAGCAGUGCCAAAGACAUCAUAGGUCAAAGCCAAGCUCAGCACAUGGGCUGUGUGCUUGAUAGGUUGCUAAAGUAUAACACUGAUUUCAUGGAAUAUAUUGAUGUUGACAGUGAGGUAGACGUUAAGGACUUUGAUAGAUUCCAUAUCUUCCUCUCAGCCAGAGGGCCACCGAUGGAAACCUCUCUUGGGGAGAUUCGACAAAAUCAGUCUAUUACCACAGAAGAACAAAGUCAACCCCUGAAGUCACUACUCAAGAGGAAAGCCCCACAGAUUAUGAAGGAGUAUGAAACUACAGGUACCCUGUCAGUGCCAUCGAGGAAGCUUCUUGUGAAGACUUGCAUUGGGGAUUUGGUGGAGAGGUGUGGUUAUUACCCUCUUAGUGCAGAGAAGCUGACUGUAGCAAAAAGCAUCAUCACCACUUUUCCAUCCCUGAGUGUCCGAGUGGCAGGACAGGGGGAAGGAUUUGAGCAUUGUUAUGAUCCAGUCUCUCAUUGUGGAUUCCUAGAGACUAAACUGUGCAACCUUAGAUUGAAUCUCGACCAGGGGCAGAGACGUUAUAAGAAGCGAAAAGUGACAGAUGACUGUGGUGAAGACAAGAAGCUCAGGCGAGAGGAUGGGAAUACCAGCAGCACAGAUGAGUGGGUCACCCUGAUCAAAAGAUUGCGGCCCUCAGCUGAGAACCUUCCAACUAUCAUGUCAGGCAUGGAGGAAACAUACACCAGUGGCAGAGCCUGGAUUAGCAAGGACUCCCCCACUGCUGCUGAAAUAUUCAGAGAGUACCCACAGUUUUUGGACAUGCCAAGUCUGCUGGACUUGGAGUUUGGCAAGCUUACAGGAGGAAGGACGGAUCUGUUUUUAUGAAAAUGGGAAGCCAGUAUCAUUCCGAAACUCAAAUCAGUGGCUGCCCUGGAAACAAGAAUGUCCUCUCUGUUGAAGGAUUUUGAAGAGAAGACUGAAGAUGAGGCUUGUUACACUGCCCUUGUGGUGUUAACACACCUGCUCCCACCAGU